AUGGAAGACCUGUUGGCAGAAUCGUUACAUGAGUACUAUAAAGUAGUAGAAAGGUUACUCACACAAGAUGAUUAUGUAAAGCAACCAGAUAAAACAGGAUGGGAUUCUCUAAUGAUUGCGUGUAAUAAGGGCGAUGAUAAAACUGCCAAGCUGUUGAUACAAAAUGGCGCAGACUUAACAAUUGUAAAUAAAGACGAGCUCGAUGUUGUUAUGCUUGCAUCACAGAAAGGACAUUAUGCUGUUUUAGAAUUACUUUUAGAGAACGGUGCAAAUUAUACUCGUGUUACUACAUAUGGAUGGAACGCAUUAAUGAUUGCAGCUUUAAACGGCUAUUGUAACAUUGUAGAGCUUCUGAUGACAAAAGGCGUAAGCUUACAUCAAACAGACACAAAUGGAAUAGAUGCAUUGAUGAUAGCGUCUGAAAGUGGGAAAGAUAAAAUAGUAGAACUACUCUUGCGUGGUAGUGCGGAUGUUAAAAGAUUGCAAUCAGACAAUUGGAAUGCGUUAAUGAUUGCGUGUGGGAAAGGACAUGAUACAAUUGUAGAAUUACUUUUAAAAAACGGUGCUGAUUUAAAUCAAGUUGAUACACAUGGAAUGGAUUCAUUAAUGAUUGCUUGUGAAUUCGGGCAUGAAAAAAUUGUAUAUUUACUUAUACAACAUGGAGCUGAUGUAAACAGGUUUAACAACAACAAAUGGUCAUCUUUAAUGUUUGCAUGCAAUAAAGGUCACUACAAUGUUGUCAAGUUACUAACAUUAUAUGAUCUCGAUUUGUACAGUGUGACAGAGGAUGUACCUCACAGUUUGCUAACAACAGAUGGGGGUAGAUAUGUUGAGAAGAAAGAACAGCAUCUUAGCUGUAGUGUAGGUUACAUGGCUUUGUUGAUUGCCUGUAAAAAGGGAUAUGUCGAAAUUGCAGAGUUACUGCUUCCAUUUGACAUAGAUAUAAACGGUAUUACAAACAACGGUUGGAGCCCUUUAUUUGCGGCGUGUGUAUAUGGCAGGGACAAGAUUCUAAAGCUAUUAUUAACACAUGGAGUUCGUUUGGAUCAAUUUAAAAAGGAAGGAAAUAAUUCAGUAUUGAUUGUUUGUAGUAAACGUCAUUAUACAAUAAUUGAAUUAUUAACCAAAUAUGGUGUGGAUUUAGGCUGCAUAGACAAUAAAGACAAUACUGCUCUAGUGUAUGCGGCUAAAGCUGGAAACAUUGAAAUUGUUGACUAUUUAAUAAAAGCUGGAGUAAAUAUAAAUGACAGCAAUGACCUCGAAUAUUCCCCAUUAUUAUUAGCAAUAGAAAAAGGGUUUACCGAAAUAGUUGAGCUAUUAAUAGAAAAUGGCGCAUGCUUAACAUGUGUUGAUAGUGAAGGUAACAAUGCAUUAAUUCUUGCAACCCAAUUCGGACAUGUUCAAAUUGUGUUGCUACUACUAAAAUAUGGAAUAAAUUUAAAUUAUGCAAAUGAUAAAGGAGAUAAUGCUUUUCUCAUAGCCUGCAAAAAAUGUAAUGUCGACAUUUUGAUGUUACUGCUUCAGUACAACAUAGAUGUGAAUUGUAUUGCAGCAGAUUGUUGGAGCCCUUUAUUAUGUGCAUGUGAAAAUGGACAAGACAGAAUUCUAGAACUCUUAUUAAAACAUGGAGCUGACAUUGAUAUCUUAAACAAGAGAGGCGGUUAUGCUGUAAUGAUUGCUUGUGAAAAAGGUCAUGAUAAAAUCAUUGAAUUACUUAUUAAAUACGGCGCUUCUUUAAAUUUUGUUGACAUUGAAGGUAACAAUGCUUUAAUGAACGCAUGUAAAAGUGGACAUAUUCGUAUUGUUGAAUUGCUAAUACAAAGCGGAUGCGACUUAAAUCAUUUGAAUAAAAAAGGUGAUAGUGCUAUGCUAAUAGCGUUCAAAAAAGGACAUAUUAACAUCUUAGAUUUGCUACUUAAGAAUAAUGUAGAUGUAAAAUCGAGAGGGUUGGGUGCAGUAUUGGCUGCCUAUAAAACAGGUGAUUAUGAAAUAAUGGAUUUACGAGAAGAAUAUGUUGCUCAUUUGGGCAAUACUGAUAUUGAUGACAGUAAUAUUUUAAUGUGUGCCAUUAGAAAUGAUCACUUUGAAAUUAUUGACUAUCUUAUAAAAGCUGGAGUAAAUAUAAAUGACAGCAAUGGCCUCGAAUAUUCCCCAUUAUUAUUAGCAAUAGAAAAAGGGUCUACCGAAAUAGUUGUGCUAUUAAUAGAAAAUGGCGCAUACUUAACAUGUGUUGAUAAUGAAGGUAACAAUGCAUUAAUUCUUGCAACCCAAUUCGGACAUGUUCAAAUUGUGUUGCUACUACUAAAAUAUGGAAUAAAUUUAAAUUAUGCAAAUGAUAAAGGAGAUAAUGCUUUUCUCAUAGCCUGCAAAAAAUGUAAUGUCGACAUUUUGAUGUUACUGCUUCAGUACAACAUAGAUGUGAAUUGUAUUGCAGCAGAUUGUUGGAGCCCUUUAUUAUGUGCAUGUGAAAAUGGACAAGACAGAAUUCUAGAACUCUUAUUAAAACAUGGAGCUGACAUUGAUAUCAUAAACAAGAGAGGCGGUUAUGCUGUAAUGAUUGCUUGUGAAAAAGGUCAUGAUAAAAUCAUUGAAUUACUUAUUAAAUACGGCGCUUCUUUAAAUUUUGUUGACAUUGAAGGUAACAAUGCUUUAAUGAACGCAUGUAAAAGUGGACAUAUUCGUAUUGUUGAAUUGCUAAUACAAAGCGGAUGCGACUUAAAUCAUUUGAAUAAAAAAGGUGAUAGUGCUAUGCUAAUAGCGUUCAAAAAAGGACAUAUUAACAUCUUAGAUUUGCUACUUAAGAAUAAUGUAGAUGUAAAAUCGAGAGGGUUGGGUGCAGUAUUGGCUGCCUAUAAAACAGGUGAUUAUGAAAUAAUGGAUUUACGAGAAGAAUAUGUUGCUCAUUUGGGCAAUACUGAUAUUGAUGACAGUAAUAUUUUAAUGUGUGCCAUUAGAAAUGAUCACUUUGAAAUUAUUGACUAUCUUAUAAAAGCUGGAGUAAAUAUAAAUGACAGCAAUGGCCUCGAAUAUUCCGCAUUAUUAUUAGCAAUAGAAAAAGGGUUUACCGAAAUAGUUGUGCUAUUAAUAGAAAAUGGCGCAUACUUAACAUGUGUUGAUAAUGAAGGUAACAAUGCAUUAAUUCUUGCAACCCAAUUCGGACAUGUUCAAAUUGUGUUGCUACUACUAAAAUAUGGAAUAAAUUUAAAUUAUGCAAAUGAUAAAGGAGAUAAUGCUUUUCUCAUAGCCUGCAAAAAAUGUAAUGUCGACAUUUUGAUGUUACUGCUUCAGUACAACAUAGAUGUGAAUUGUAUUGCAGCAGAUUGUUGGAGCCCUUUAUUAUGUGCAUGUGAAAAUGGACAAGACAGAAUUCUAGAACUCUUAUUAAAACAUGGAGCUGACAUUGAUAUCAUAAACAAGAGAGGCGGUUAUGCUGUAAUGAUUGCUUGUGAAAAAGGUCAUGAUAAAAUCAUUGAAUUACUUAUUAAAUACGGCGCUUCUUUAAAUUUUGUUGACAUUGAAGGUAACAAUGCUUUAAUGAACGCAUGUAAAAGUGGACAUAUUCGUAUUGUUGAAUUGCUAAUACAAAGCGGAUGCGACUUAAAUCAUUUGAAUAAAAAAGGUGAUAGUGCUAUGCUAAUAGCGUUCAAAAAAGGACAUAUUAACAUCUUAGAUUUGCUACUUAAGAAUAAUGUAGAUGUAAAAUCGAGAGGGUUGGGUGCAGUAUUGGCUGCCUAUAAAACAGGUGAUUAUGAAAUAAUGGAUUUACGAGAAGAAUAUGUUGCUCAUUUGGGCAAUACUGAUAUUGAUGACAGUAAUAUUUUAAUGUGUGCCAUUAGAAAUGAUCACUUUGAAAUUAUUGACUAUCUUAUAAAAGCUGGAGUAAAUAUAAAUGACAACAAUGGCCUCGAAUAUUCCCCAUUAUUAUUAGCAAUAGAAAAAGGGUCUACCGAAAUAGUUGUGCUAUUAAUAGAAAAUGGCGCAUACUUAACAUGUGUUGAUAAUGAAGGUAACAAUGCAUUAAUUCUUGCAACCCAAUUCGGACAUGUUCAAAUUGUGUUGCUACUACUAAAAUAUGGAAUAAAUUUAAAUUAUGCAAAUGAUAAAGGAGAUAAUGCUUUUCUCAUAGCCUGCAAAAAAUAUAAUGUCGACAUUUUGAUGUUACUGCUUCAGUACAACAUAGAUGUGAAUUGUAUUGCAGCAGAUUGUUGGAGCCCUUUAUUAUGUGCAUGUGAAAAUGGACAAGACAGAAUUCUAGAACUCUUAUUAAAACAUGGAGCUGACAUUGAUAUCAUAAACAAGAGAGGCGGUUAUGCUGUAAUGAUUGCUUGUGAAAAAGGUCAUGAUAAAAUCAUUGAAUUGCUUAUUAAAUAUGGCGCUCGUUUAACUUUUGUUGACAUUGAAGGUAACAAUGCUUUAAUGAACGCAUGUGAAAGUGGACAUAUUCGUAUUGUUGAAUUGCUAAUACAAAUCGGAUGCGACUUAAAUCAUUUAAAUAAAAAAGGUGAUAGUGCUAUACUAAUAGCCUUCAAAAAAGGACAUAUUAACAUCUUAGAUUUGCUACUUAAGAAUAAUGUAGAUGUAAAAUCGAGAGGGUUGGGCGCAGUAUUGGCUGCCUAUAAAACGGGUGAUUAUGAAAUAAUUGAAUUACGAGAAGAAUAUGUUGCUCAUUUGGGCAAUACUGAUAUUGAUGACAGUAAUAUUUUAAUGUGUGCCAUUAGAAAUAAUCACUUUGAAAUUAUAGACUAUCUUAUAAAAGCUGGAGUUGAUGUGAAUCAUUCUAAUACACACGGAUUUUGCCCAUUAACUAUAGCAAUCAAAAGUGGGUUUACACAAAUAGUCGAGUUAUUACUAGAAAAUGGCGCAUAUAUUACCCAGCAAAUAAUUGCACAGAUAUGUGAGGCAAAAACGACUGCUCGUAAAAAAAGUAAUUUCGAAAUGAUAGAACUACUAAAAAAAUAUAUUAAUAAUUUUAGUCAUACAGACAUUAACGGUGAGACUCCUUUAAUGUACGCAUCUAGAAAAGGGCAUUUAAACAAUGUAGGAUUUCUGUUACAAAUUGGGGUUGAUUCAAACUACUGCAACGAUAAAGGAUAUAGCGCUUUAAUGAAAGCAACGGAAUUCGGAAAUGUAGAAAUUGUAGAAUUAUUAAUAAACAGCGGGUGUGAUAUAAAUUGUAUUAACUGUUUUGGAACCAACGCUUUAAUGAUUGCAUGUAGUAAAGGAUAUGACGUAAUUGCAGAGAUCUUUAUUAAAAAGGAACAAUGGCAAGAAUUCCUUCAUGUGGACGAAAAUUCCAGACUUGUAAAUGAUUCAUCUGGGUCUCAGCGAAAACUAUUGAUUAAAAUAUAUGAUGUUUUUUUUACCGCUGUUGAAAAUAGGAAAGUUUCUUCGUUUGAAAAUUUAGCGAAGAUUGUUUUUGAGACUAGAAAUUCAAAUGUGUCCUUUGAAGUCGUACAUCUAGCUCGUCAACUUCGUAAAAUAUGUAAUGAUUUUAAAAAGAUCGCAUCAAGAGCGGAAUUAAAAUCACUGACGGAUGAUGAGUUAUUCUGCAACAUAAAGAGGUCAAUGAUCAGCUUUUUAACUAUAUAUUUGAGAAAGCUAAGAAAUCAGAUACUUACUGAGGAUUUCCUACUAAAUAGCAUUUCUGAAGUUUUAGAGGAAUAUACAGCAAUGAAAACAUUUAAUGCAUUCUCUUUCUACGUUCAUCAUAGAAUAUUAUUCUGUUUCGUCAGCUUGUUUUCCAGUGGUCGCAAUUACCAAAUGAUUAACAUUGUGGAUUUACUUUCUCAGUAUAAAUAUACUGAAAUUACGAUAAAAUUCAUGAAUGAAGAAGAUCUACUGAACAUAAGAUCAACAGAUUUCGACUACUUAGCUGUUUAUUUACUAAAGUUUUUAACUUUCUGCAGUACAAGACUACGUCGAUUCGCCCAGGGUAUUGCCGAAUGUAAUAUCGUUGACACACUGACAGCAUGUCUCAUCAGACAGAAUAAUUUACAGAAUGCCGGCUUGACCUUUGUUACGUAUUACGCACUGUCCAUUUUAUACAACAUCGUUUGCUUGACCAAAAGAACCGACUAUUUUCGAAGGGCUAAUACCUCUGAGUGUGCAUCCUAUGAACGAAAAAUAACCAUUGUCAGAUAA